GAACACUCCAAAGUUGAAACCCUUGCGAAGUUGAGAACUCCGAAGUGAGAUCAGCGUUGCUUGAGAAGGGUUCACUUCAGCCAUGGCAACCGCAAGGACGGUCAAGGAUGUUUCGCCUCACGAAUUCGUCAAGGCCUAUGCCUCUCACCUGAAGCGUUCUGGCAAGAUGGAGCUGCCUGAGUGGACAGAUAUUGUGAAGACUGCAAAGUUUAAGGAACUGGCUCCAUAUGAUCCUGACUGGUAUUAUGUUAGAUCUGCCUCCAUGGCAAGAAAGAUCUAUUUGAGAGGUGGUCUUGGUGUUGGUGCGUUUAAGAGGAUCUAUGGUGGAAGUAAGAGAAAUGGAAGCCGCCCCCCACAUUUCUGCCGGAGUAGCGGCAGUAUUGCCAGACACAUUCUUAAACAAUUGCAAAAGAUGGGCAUUAUUGAGCAGGAGUUAAAAGGUGGUAGAAGAAUCACUUCCAAUGGCCGACGGGAUCUUGAUCAAGUUGCUGGUCGCAUUGUUGUUGCCCCUUGAGUGGUGUGUUAAUGAGAAUUGAUGAUGCUUUGCAUAUCAUAUCAUCUAGGGUUUAAGUUUUCUGAAUAGUAGAUGGCAUCAACGCAAAAUUAAGUAUUGAACAGCCCAAUUUUCUUAGAUUUUCAUAUUUGUUUUUCUUUAUAUUUAUUGUUGUUUUAGUUUGGAAUUUGAUCGCUAAGGUUUUGAUUUAAAUUAAUACUUUAUUUUCUAGUCA